CCGGAGGUACCUAGUCCCCUCCCCCCACGGCCCUCGUACCGCGCCUUCCUUCCCAGUAAACGUCGUGUUUUGCUACGACAGCCCCGGCGCCCUAUAUGCAGCCGUUGUUGUCUGCGGCUCUCUCAUCAUGGAUACCGAGGAUGGCCACGUCUUCAUAAGGAACUUGGCGUACUUUGUACGAACACACGAAAAGGCCCUCGCCAACGCUCUGCAACUGCAGCGACAGAUGCCCAAGAAUGGCCAGGCCAUUAUUUCACCCUCGUCCCCCAACGGCCCCGCUAGUCCGCCUUCAUCCUCGUCCUCAAGCGUCUGGGCUGCCGCGCUGUCUUUGCCGUCCCUGACCUUCACCUCACAGUCCAUCAAGCCAGCCAAGCUAACAUUGACGCCCCACCAUCUCUUCUACAUCCUCUCUCGAUUCGAGGAGCUCGGCAUACCUGUUGGCCCCAUGAAUGUGCGACUGGAGAACAUCCACACGGAUGCUUCACCGGCCAACUAUGUGUCGUUCCUCGGAAGCGCUCAGCGCAACAAAACAAAGUCUUCCGAUCGCGACUCCAUACAUUCAGUGUCGAGCGUUCGCAGUGUCAUGUCAGGCAUGUCCUCGCUUUGGUCCACCCUUCGUAUUGGAUCAAACAGUGAAGCCAAGGCAGAGAAACAGAAAGUUCAACUCCAGGAAGACUUGCGAUAUCUCUACUCUUCAUUUACUAAGAUUCCGUGCCUGAGGCUGUCUCCUGACCACAAAGCCCGUCUCAUUGCGGGUUAUGAAGAGUUUCCUUUCGACACUGCCGUCCCCUUGUUCGCUUUCAAGAAUGUCACUGCGCUUGAGAUUCACGAUGUAGACUUUCGGCAAUUCUAUGGCUGGGACCGCCUGGCCGAAAACCUUCGCAGUCUUACUGUCAAGCGAGCAGGUGUUGACGAUCCCGCUGACCUUCUUAUCAAUGUCGUCUUGGACGACAUGGACAAGCGUCGUAGACGGUCGGCAAAGACACAUGCUUCUUCCGCGCCUUGGUCUACCGCAAGCCCGUCCGCCAAGGUUGGUCAGUUGGCGCCAUCAGAAUCUCCACCGCUUUCUCCUACCUCCGCCAGUAAGCAGAGCACAAGCCCAAGAAGCGCGGUCGUGGCGCCAGAGAAUUCGUCCAAGACUGGCCAGCGACAGCGCAGUACCUCGCCUACGCGGCCCCCAAGCUCUCGUCAUGGUUCGUCCCAUGUCUAUGGUCGAAGCACUACAAAUGCGCCCAACAUCCGCCGCUCGUCUGGGAGUUCUAGUUCCAGCGUGCGCUCUACCACCCCAAGAGGCAGCUCCUCUAACCUCCUCUCUAUGGGCUGGUUCCCUGCAACCAAGUGGCGCUUCCUGCGACAUCUGAGCUUGGCUGACAAUGCUCUUACCAACAUAUCAGUUGCAAGUCUUGCUCCUUUGGCAAACACAUUACAGUCUCUAGAUAUUUCUGCCAAUUUGUUUGCUGAGAUUCCGGACAGUCUUGCCAGUCUGACCUGUUUGCGCGCUCUAAACCUGUCCAAUUGCAUGAUCGACAGCUUGCACUCUUUGGGUCGUAACCCGCUGCCAGCCAUCACAACGCUCAACCUUCGUUCCAACCGCUUGACAUCGUUGGCUGGUGUCGAGCGACUAUUAUCUCUGGAGCGGGUCGAUUUCCGUGAUAACAGGUUGACUGAUCCCACAGAAGUCGCGCGACUGACUGGUGUUCCCGACAUAAGUGAUAUUUAUGUCAAUCGCAACCCGUUUUGCAAGACCCAUUCCACCUAUAGAGUCACCAUUUUCAACCUGUUCCGUAAGACGCCAGGCUAUACGGAAGAUAUUGUCAUCGAUUCUAUAGGACCUAGCAAUGCCGAGAAGAAGCAACUGGUUGACCGAGUUCCCGAACGGCAUGGUGUUCCCAUCGUCAAGCCGCCGCCCGAGGAUGAUUCACAACCCCCGCGACACGUACCACCAAAGAUUGUCAAAUCUGUCGAUACUCCGCCUGACAUAACAGGUAUGCUUCAGCGUACCGGUUCCCUGCAGCGUACCAAGAGUGGGCGCAGUGCACAGGGUUCCCAAAAGAAGAAGAAGGGCCCUAAGAGGAGAAUCGUCGAGCUUUCUCAAACCGACUCACUGCAGUCGUCAUCGCACUCUAGUUUGACAGGGUUGGCAUACGAGGAUACUAUCAUCGGACAAGCCCCCAAGAUCACCAGGGCUGCUAGCAACACAUUGGCUACGGACACGCCCCGGCUUGUAGAGCCGUCCAAGGGACAAGUCUCUGGAGAUCCUACCAAGAAGAAUGUUUCAGAGGAGCGUACAAUCGCACACGAACCCCACACAAGCCACCAACAGUUGCCCCCAAUCGAUACCGCACCCCCGACCAAAACCAACGAGCCGGAAUCAGCGGAAUUCGACGUCGGUGAGGAUAUGUACAAGAAGAAGAUUGAAGCCCUUCGGCAAGACUUCGGUAACACAUGGCUCAGCGCGCUAGGAGACGAGACCUGGGACAAUACAUCAGUCACUAGCUUUCCUUCAGAUCGCGGGUACAGCUCCCCUACCAUUCGGCCAACGCUGCCUCGCACACCAAGCCAAAGCAUUGUUUCUGGUCGUACACUUGGCUGACCUAAUUUCCCUCGAUCUACCCAUUUGCGAUACCCAAAACAAUUUCUUCGAUUUGCCAGACUCGUACUGCAGCUUCCGGAGGCGGACGCUCUUGUCUCUAUAGUUUGUUAAUCAGUUCAUUUAUGGGGCCUCAGGCAAGGCGUUGGAUGGAUGUGAGUUGGACUUGAGCGUCGCAAUUUGUCCCGCUCGUUGUAC